AUGGCUACCGUCAACGUUCGUCGGGAUGUUACCGAUCCCUUUUACCGUUACAAGAUGGAGAAGCUCCAAGCCAAGAUCGAGGGUAAAGGUAACGGUAUCAAGACCGUCGUUGUGAACUUGAACACCGUCGCCCAAUCCCUUGCCCGUCCUCCGGAGUACGUUAUCAAGUACUUCGGUUUCGAAAUUGGAGCCCAGGCCAACGCAAAGCCCACUGAUGACCGCUGGAUCAUUAACGGUGCUCACGAUGCUCCUAAGCUUCAGGACUUGUUGGAUGGUUUCAUUGACAAAUUCGUUCUCUGCAAGAAGUGCAAGAACCCUGAAACCGAAGUCAUCCUCAAGGACAACCGUAUCACUCUUGACUGCAAGGCCUGCGGCCAGCGAUCUGAGGUUGAUCCCCGUCUCAAGCUAAGCACUUUCAUCUUGAGAAAAACCCCUACCAAGGGCGGUAAAAAGGACAAGAAAUCUCGUCGUGACAAGAAGAAAGAGAAAGACGAAACCAAUGGAGAAAAGAAUGGCAGCCCAGGAGAGAGCAAUGCUUCUGACGAAGGCGAAAAUGGCGAUGUCGAAAUCCCAGCUGGUAGUGACGACGAGAUCGUCGCUGGUGCUGAGAAGAUCAACAUCCAGGAUGAGAAUGAGGAAGAGGUUCAGUGGUCCGUCGAUGUCUCCGAGGAAGCCGUCAAGGCCCGUGCUAAGGACUUGCCCGACGAUCUCAAGCGAACCUUGAUCUUGGAAGGCGGCGAGGAUGAGGAUGAAGAAGGCGGUGCUACCAUCUACGAUCAGCUCGGAAGUUGGAUCAUCAAGGAGGCUGAAGAGAAAGGCGGCGUCGCCAACGUCAGCGACAUCGACAUCUACAUGAAGGCUAAGGACCUGGGCAUUGAAAACAAGCAUAAGACUUUAACUGUGCUUGCUCAGACCAUCUUUGACGAGAAGAUUGUCAAACAGAUUCCAUCUCGUGCUGGCAUGCUCAAGAAGUUGAUCACUUCCGAGCGCCAUGAGAAGGCCUUCCUCGGUGGUACUGAGCGUUUCGUAGGCAAGGACCAUCCUGAGCUCAUCUCUCAAGUACCGGCUAUCCUUCUCGGAUACUAUCAGAACGAUCUUGUUUCUGAGGAUGUCCUCACCGCUUGGGGCAGCAAGGCCAGCAAGAACCGAAAGGUUCGCAAGGCUGCUGAAAAGUUUCUCGAGUGGCUCUCGACUGCCGACAGCGAUGAGAGUGAAGAAGAGUCUGAGUAA